UGUGCGCGAGCGUAUGAAUGUCUUGUAUGUAGCCUUCAUGCAAAAGAGUAGAGGAGAAGGAGCGCGUGCAGCUAGAGACCAAAUACAAUAGAUCAAACCAAAUAUUACUACAGAAAUCCAAAUAACACUUUAUAACCCCGCAGGCCUUUUAACACUUGUCUGUUUUCUAUAUAUCCUAAUUUUACUGAGUUAUUUAAAAUUGUAAAGCGAAUACCAAAGCAAAGCUCGACCGGUGAUGCUACAGGAGUAGGCUAGUGACUGUUUUCAUGCCUUUUCACACCUUUAGGAAACAUUAACGGUGAGGAGUGAGCGGAUUUAAUAAACUCCCGGGCCUCUAUGUUUACCCAAGGAGAACGCUUUAGCAGUGCAAAGGUAACAGAGACGCAGGUGCAUCAACGACAGGCAGACUUUUUUUUCUGAAAGUACUACAAAAGGCCUGUAAUUGUAACACAAGUUUUCCUGUAGCCUGGAGAAGUGAUCUCCUGUCUAUCCGUCUGUGUGUUAGUCUGUACUGUAAGCUAACUGCUGCACUCAAGGGACCAUAUCCUAACAUAUGUUCUAUGCACAUUUACACCAAAACUAAUGCCGGCCAACAGUCCACAAAUGUAAAUAAAAGUGCGCAGCGGGGCUACAUGUGUACACAUGUGAAUGUUGUGAGCUCUCCAUACCAAAUAGUCUCCAAAAGCUGUCUACUAGAGAAACGGACGACGAAACCGAAGCUUCAGAAGAGGACAGAGCUUAUUACAGUUCCACUUCUGUCCGAUUAUUUGCAUCUAAACAAGAAGCCGGAGGAAGAUCAUGUUUGUUCCCUUGCCGGUGCCGUUCGUGUUUCAGAGAACUGCCCCUGACCUCAACGCCUGGCGUCUCAAGUCCCCUCUGGCUCUCCGCUCCAACUCCGAUAUCAGGAUGUCAAAGCCAGGAGAGGUGGAGAAAGUGGGGGCGGACUCACCGUUGGAGGGCACAGAUUCAGAGCGGAAUGGACCUGAAUCAAAUCACCAGGCUCAGUCAAUGAAAGUCAAUCCGUUUUCUCUUUCACCAAACCUGAGCAAGCAUAAGAUGGAGGAGUGUGGUGAGAUGUCCCCGGCCCUCCCUCUCUCUCACGGACCGACCCCCUCACAAACGGCUCUGCAACAUACACAGCUCAUGCUGACCGGCUCCCAACUAGCAGGGUUGACAGCUCUGUUGCCAGCACAGCAGCAGUUGUUGCUGCAGCAGGCUCAGGCUCAGCUCCUCGCUGCAGCUGUGCAGCAGUCCAGUGCAGCCCAUGCCGCUCACGCUGCCCACGCAGCCGCCCAAGCCAAUCAGCAAGCUCAGGCAGCCGCAAAUCAGCAAGCCCAGCAGCAGCAGCAGGCAGGACAAACAGGGCAGCAGGCCCAGCAGCAGUCCCAGGGACAGGGGCAGAGCACACAGGACCAGACAGCCCAAAGUGUCCCUGUCCCUCCUCCUCCACCCCAGCUCACACUCUCUCAGCCAAUCCAGCUCACCGCCCAGGACAUCCAGCAGUUGCUGCAGCUUCAGCAGUUGGUGCUGGUGCCCGGCCACUCGCUCCCAUCCCCUGCCCAGUUCCUCCUGCCACAGGCACAGCAGGGCCAGCAAGGACUCCUUUCGACACCAAAUCUUCUUUCGCUACCUCAGCAAAACCAAGGGAGCCUGCUGUCUGCUCAGACCAGAAUGGGACUCCAAGCACAGCGAGAUAAAAGUUUGGAUGUGAGCGGCGGUGGAGGCAUGACCACGGUGCAGUCUGUGACCACUCACCCCGAGGAGCCCAGUGACCUGGAGGAGCUGGAACAGUUCGCCCGCACUUUUAAACAGAGACGCAUCAAACUGGGCUUCACACAGGGAGAUGUUGGUCUGGCCAUGGGGAAGUUGUACGGCAAUGACUUCAGUCAGACCACAAUCUCUCGCUUUGAAGCCCUCAACCUGAGCUUUAAGAACAUGUGCAAGCUGAAGCCGCUGCUGGAGAAGUGGCUCAAUGAUGCAGAGACUAUGUCUAUAGACAGCACCCUGCCUAGCCCCAGCUCCCUGACUUCUCCCUCUUUAGGCUUUGACGGGCUUCCUGGGCGACGCAGGAAGAAGAGAACCAGCAUUGAGACGAAUGUACGAGUGGCACUGGAACGUGCAUUCAUGACGAACCAGAAGCCUACCUCAGAGGAGAUUCUGCUGAUCGCAGAGCAGCUCACGAUGGAGAAGGAGGUGAUCCGGGUCUGGUUCUGCAACCGCAGGCAGAAAGAGAAACGCAUCAAUCCCUCCAGUGCCACUCCUCCCCUGCCCAGCCAGGGUCCCACUGCCCCAACGACGCACAAACAACCCUGCUACAGCCCUCACAUGAUGUCCAGCCAGCUGUCGCAGGCCGUGACCAGUCUCAGCACAACAGUGACUACCAUGUCCCCCGUCUGCCCCCUGACUUCCAGCCUCACCUCCACCCAUCCCUCCCUUAGCUCUGCACCUUCCCCAGUGACUCCUCCUCCUCCUCCCCGCAGCCCAGCCACUCCCAGCCACAGCACACUCAACCUGAACACGGGCUUAUGGCGUAUGGGUAAAAAGAACGGUGACGUGUCUAACUACAUCACCGAUUUUGCUGCAAACUUGAGGAACACUGUGAUGGGAGUUAACACAGGGAUGAGCCAAGCCCUUCUCGGUAACAAUCCCCUGGCUACUAUCCAAGCCCUAGCAGCCAGUGGUGGCCAGCUGCCUCUUUCUAGUCUUGAGGGGGCCAGUAAGGUGAUGCUGGGGGCCUCUGGGGGCCAGGCAGGCCUCCACUCCUCCCUCUUCCUCAACCACCCAGCCCUACUCCACAUGAGUCAGAACCCCGGCGCUGGACUGCUCAGCGCUGCAGUAGCCAAAGCCUCCCAGGCCUCCCCUUUCCCAUCAGCCAGCAGCAUCAGCCCCACCCCCUGCUCUCCCUCCCCCUGCUCAAGCCCCGCCUUUUCCUGCUCCUCCAGCGAAAUGGCACACAGCCCGCCCUCUCUGGGCGGGGCCAAGAUUGAGUGACCGCGCCAAGUGCCAAUCAGAGAGGGGGAGGAAGGAGGAAACAGGAACCUCGCCUUUCACACCAAAGCUAUCUCUUUCUCUCUCUUGCACCCUUCUUCCGUUAAUUUUUUUCGCAAUGUUCCUCUCUCUCUUUCUCUCCCAGUCUUUCGAUGCCAAAAAUACACAGAAUGAAAGAGGAGAGAGGGAGGGAGGGAAGUGAAAGAGGGGAGAAGGGGGGAAAGGGGAAGAUUGAAACCAAAAAUCUUUAUCUAUCCAAACAUAUGGAGAGGAGGCAGCGUGGGACCUUUUAGUCAAUAACACGUGAAAUCGACAUGGCAUCUCUCCGCUCCUUCUCUCUGAAGGAAAACAAACCAAUGACUCUUUAACCAAGAGGCUGAAGAGACGCAUGUCGGAGUGCAUAAACCAAAAAUGACAAAAAGUUAACUUUACUAUGUGACAAAGGAAUGGCGGCAAGGACAAAAAUAAAUGGAGGACUGUGCAUAAGUUUUCCUUCUUUUUAUCAUUUUGAAAAGCUGCGGGUCUGAAGGAAGAGGAGAAGGGAGGAUACGUUUAAACCAAAAAUUUACCUGAGGAGGAGGCGGAGGAGGAAUACACAAAAAAAAAAACGACAACCAUACCAAAAUCCCAUAUACCAAAAACCAAAAAUACGGAGAGAAAAGCUUUAUUCAAAGGACGUGUAAAUACUGAAGCUAUCCAGGACCAGGACUCUUCUGCUACUGCUACUGCUACUCACACACACAAACUCACACACAUAAACACACAUCAGGAGCCAAUCCAUCCAUCCUGCCAUCGACUCAUCCUGUCUGUCAUGUGUCUCUCUUACGUUUCCAUUCUAGAUAUUUUGGAUAAUUUUUGUAAAUGAUUGUGACUAAUCGAGUGAAACGCUGGUGUUUGAAUGAUGCCAGUACUGCUGUAUCUUCAUGUGUUAGUCUCUUUACUACCUCUGGUUCUAAGAGCAUAGAUGAGCUUUAAUCUGUCCUUUUUUUAAUUUCAGAUGACCUUAACAGAGGCUUGUGAACCAGUAUUUGUUUUUUUACACUUUAAGAAGUACAGAUGGGAUUUGUUUUUUACUAUUUAUUAGUAUUAUCUUAAAGUACAGCUCCUAUUUAUUGUUGCAGCUUUUCUAGUGCCAUUACUAUUUCCCUCAUCAUCAGUGCCAUUAUCAUCAUCAUCAUCAUCAUUAUGCAUUCAUGGUUUCAUCUUGCAUUUUUUUCUGUCUGCAAUGUGACUUUUCUGCAGGAACAGAGAUGACGAAAGUGAAAAGAUGCUCAUCUCACCAAGUGCCGUAGAUCCGUAAUAGAGCUGGCACACUGCGAGUCGAUUUUGAAGGUGUGAAUGAAUUUAUUAAGACGUAAACAUGUGACACUUUGUGCUCUUAAUCAGUUCAAUCUUUCACUCUUAAAGAUGUAACCUGUUAUGGGUGACUCCGUGGCUAAAUAAACACGCCCUGGAAAACUUUGCACACAGAGAACGGCGUUUGUUGAGAGCCGGCGACCAUGUUAAAAGUAUGAAAUAGGGCCCUGAUUGGAGAUUGAAAGUAAUAACCAAUGCGACUGGAGGCUAAAUAAGUCAAUAAAGCCGAGUUUAGUCACAGCUGUUUCUCAUGCCUGCCGACACCUGUCUGUCUAGACAUGUUUACUGAUAUUUGUCUGUUUCCAUCAUAACGCCAUCAAUCACAUUUCACUGCCAUUUUCCACCUCAGACUGCCAUUAAUUCUCAAAUGGAAACCAAAGCAUUCUCAAGGCUGGCCUGAACUCUUCUUGCAGAGCUUCAGCCAAGACGUAUGAACACAAUAAAGACACAGGAGUAGGGGGGUGAGAACAGGACUUUACCACUGGAAACCCUCCCCCUUCUGAUGUAAUCCCCUCCACCUGACCCGUCCAAGUACCCACAGGGGGAAGCUUUAUUAAGGAAACUGUUCCUUUACUCCGAAACCCCCAGAAUGAGGGUGCACUUGGAGGGGACACGCUGUAGUGAGGGGCAGCAGGCGUCACACUUUUUUUUGUAAAAGGAUACCAAAAAUAAACGCAAACCAAAAACCCAAGGAAUGACCGAAGCAAACCAAAAAGAACCCUUAACCAAAUGUGGCUGGAGGGAGGAGGGGAGGAGGUCAAAGUGCAUCCCUCUUUGUCUGUCUGUCUGUCUGUCUGUCUGUAAGCAUUCGCCCCGCUCUGAAACUGUGUAGCAACGAUGGACAGACAGGCAGAUAGACAGGUGAGCAGGGGGGAAAAAAGGACAGACAGUUCCUCCCCUCCUCUGCCUCUCUCCCUCUCCAGCUCAGCUCUCUCUCUGGUCCUGGAUGGAGCUAAACGCAAAUGACCUCACUGAACUGAAAUCUUCUUUAAAGAAAAAAAAAUCUGUUUUUAUUUUUCUGUUGGUUGGUUCUGAUUGUUUUGAUCUCUGCCGUGUCUCUUGAUGCUGUUUUAUGUACUGUACUUUAGUGCUUAUUAACUCAUUUGGAAUAACUUACUCGCUUACUUACUUACAAGAGCUCCUUAUUUUUUUCCUAGUCGUGCUAGAGAUUUUUAUCAGGUGGUUGAGAAAAAAAAAACUGUGAAAAUUUAGCUUCCAGAUUUUUAUUAGAUAAAGAAACAGACUGUCUUGGCAGAUCUAAAAUAGAGACACAAAAAGCCAAAAGCAAAAAGUUGAAUAGCAAACUUUAACGAUGCCAAACCAAAUACAAAACCAAACCAAACACAGUGGAGAGGAACAGGAAGUGCCCUCUCUACACGAGGGUUCCAGUCAUUAUGCCUGAGGUGAAGCGUGAGGCGUUUUUUCUGUUUGUGUUUAUAAGAACCGAAAUGGUUAAAAAAGAAAAAGGGUCUGCUGUGAUGUCUUGUCAUUAAUCCUGACCCCAGCGACAAAGUAAACACUUCAGCUACAGAUGAAUACGCUCAGCGCAGGCCUCAGGCACAGUCGACGGUUUGAGAGUCGGACAUUAAACAUAUCCAAAGAAUAUUUGGUUUGAUCCACGCCAGAAAAAAACAGUCGACACACACGCGAGAAUCGAACCCCGAACCAAACUUUAGAUGUGGGGUAGGGGGUUUUAAACCAGGAAGGUGAAACCUUCUCUCCACAUGGACUCUUAGACGGAAUGUAUCUGUUAGUGCUUCUAUAGAUUUUGUAGAAAAAAAGAUCUAUGUUCUACUGCUUACUUAUCGCUAAUGUAUUAAAAUGAAAAAAAAAACCUACAAAAAAGACAGAGAAAAAAAAAGAUCCUAAAAACAUUGAUGAUAAUAACUUGAUUUUAGACCAAAAAUUUAAACUAUCUCUCUUUGGACUUUUUUUUAUUUCACCUUCUGAAGAUGAUUUAGACUUUUGAUUGUACUAUUUAUUCAGGGUAGCUUUGAUUUGUUUGCGUGUCUUGCUAUUUAUUUGUUAAUUUAUUUGUAGAGGUGCUUUUUCAUAUUCUGGGAUGUACUUUUUAUGAUUUUCUUUCCUUUUUUGCCCCUCGCUGAUAUUCUUUCUUACUUCUUUAAACCAAAUAAUACAAGAAAUGCAACCAGGGUUCCUGUAGGGACUUAACUAGAGAAUAUGGCUGAUCUGAUGUUGGCCAUAAUCAACUUCUCUUCCUCACUGAGAUGAAGUUUCCUUUAAUAGGAAGCGUACUCUCACAGUAUGGAGUCAGCACUGUGUGGAUCAACACCUUGUGAGUUAUGGGGGCGGGGGGAUUAUAUCUGUAAAUGCUUUCCAGGGGGUCAUGUCUUCAUGGCUCCUGACAUAAAGAGAAAAAGUUUACAUUCUGAUUCAACAGGAAAAGCAUGAAUUGAAUUCAUGUGUUGCAGAAAGAGGUGUUGGUUGAGACACAGUGCUGCUUCUGUCCUCUUUAUUUUCUCCCCAGGAGAAAGUUGACAAAAAUCUUUACAGCUACACAACCAAAAACACAGAAGAAGAUCAACGGAGGCAACGCUCAAGUUUUUUUUAACAUGAUGGAGAAGAUGAAGAGAGAAGAAGAGCUCCCAGCUGUAAAUCAGCCUCUCAACUUCUCACUUCAUCUCGCUCUCCUUUUUGUUUAGAUUUGUUUUUUAAAAAAUGUUUUUGUUUCAACUUUUCUCUGAGUUCCUUUGAAAAAAAUUCUUCAUCCACUGUAGGAUGUAAAAGAGAGAUAGUUCAUCAUAUACCUCAUAAUCUUUGAUGAUAAACCAAAUAGAUGAAUGCUUUAAAAUGCGGGGUUACAGAGGGGAUCAGGGUGCUGGGAUGGUUUGUGUGGAUGGUGUGUUUGUGAGGCUGGAAGCGGACACAGUGAGGCUUACCUAAUAGAGAUAACACAGAUGUUUGGGAUCGAUCUGCAGAGUAACAGAUCAUUGAAUAGAUUGCAGAGGGAGACAUUUAAGGUCAAAGGCCUGCACUGGUUCAUGCGCCUGUCUACACACACGCACACACACACACCCUGUCCCCCUGGAAAACACCCCCCGCUGUCUGUGUUGAGCUUUGAACACAGCCCUCUCCUCAGAUCUGACCCUCACUGCUCCCUCCCUGUCAAACACUGAGGACUGUGGGCUUAAAGCUGCUCUUUGGCACAGAUCUAGGAUCAGAUCUGGUAUAAUUUCAAGCUUUAAAAAAAAAAAAGCUGUGUGUCUGAGAGCAACUUUAUCAGCAAGGUCGCCGUGCCCUCUCUCGCCUUUAGGUCUCCUUUGCCUGAUGAGCGGGCAAAUAGACCACUUGAUGUCCGAGUGUAUCAGGGAGCGCUGUAGGGCAGGUACCUGGGGAACGGCUGAGACCGGGAUAGCUGGGUGACGCAUACACACACUCCUCACAACUCGUGUGUGUGUGAAGAGAGUCUGGAAGUUGGAGGGAGAAGAGUACAUGUGAGUCCAUCUUCUUGUUUUGCUUCGCUGCUUUGUUUCUGGAAAUAAACUUUUUUUGGUUGACUUCAGGGUUUAAGGGACUGAGUGUGAAGCGCAGGUCUCUGUGGUGGGGAUACCCCCUUAGUGAAUGAUACCAAAGUUAAUGCCCUGCCACCAGAUCCAGCAUGAUGUACACGCUCCCUGAAGUCCUGACGUCCACCAAAGUGUUUCAGAAACUCUUUCUCCACGCCAUCACAUAUUCUCUACAAGCAACAAAAAAUCUGAAAACAUUAGAAGAUUUCUUUUUAGUAGAAACCUGUAUCCAUUUUGUUACUAAAGUUAAAAGAAAAGUUGAUAUCACGCUCAUGUCUUGGACAUUAAUAUAAGUCUACCGCUAGUAGGUAUGGAGGACUACUAAUCAAGUAAAAAAAAAAGCAGGACUUGGCCCACACUGAUUUACAAUCAAUGCAAACAGGUUGGAAGUUUUCCAGCAAAGUUAUACAUAAUCAAACAACAAAACCACAAUUUUAAAAUGAGGUUUUUGUUCAGUGUGGAAAAGGGAAUUUGAAACCUUUCUUAGUGAGCUUUACAGGUACUAGCAGGCGUAGAAGUUUGAAUACUCUUAUUCAAACUAAGCCUACUAUUCAGGAUUAGUGGCUCAUAGCUGUGGAGAUCUCCUCACUCUGAAUCAAAGACUUAUUAUUGGAAAGUCAUUGUCUUUUGCUGUAGGUGUAGAUUCUUUCACUGAGCUUGGAAAAAGAUGAAAAAACUGCUUUGAAUAUGAUGUGAAUCAAACAGUUUGAUUCAGUAACAUGAUUCAUACAUUCCACCUCACUGACAGGGAUCAAGGUCAGACCUGUCCCCCUGUUUCCAGUCUUAAUGCGACGCGAGGAAAACCGUCGAAGUGCAGCUUGAUUUUUACCAUAAAGGAAGUAGCGUCAAGGUUAUCUAUUUCUUGGCCGGAAAUUGAAUACGUUUAUUGCUGAAGAUAUACAACGAUCAGUGCUUGAAGUUGAUUUGAACCAUUAAGAAAAAUGAGUCAGAAAGAUAAUCCUUCUGGACACGACAGCAUGAGAAAUGUGAUUGUUGUUGGAGAAGGAGAGACACGGCAAGCAAAGACAACAACAGUGAACAAACCGCAACUUCUUCCUCCACCCACUCUCAUCCACACAAUCACGCUCUUCCUCUCCCUCUCUCAUUCCUUCCUCUCUCUCUCUCUCUCUCUCUCUCUAUCUUCUACAAUACAGCUUUAGUCCAAAGGUUUCUCCAGCAACACAGCAAAGCGAGUCAGAUGUUAAAGAAUAAAACCAAAGAGCUCUAACUUGACCUUCUCCUCAACCUUUUCCUCAACUCCACUGAAUCCUUCACCUCUCUCUCUCUCUCUCUCUCUCUCUCUCUCUCUCUCUCUCGCCAUCCAUCCUUUCUUUCUGCUCUUCUUCUCCUCUUCGUCACCUAGCGAGCCGGUCUGUGAAGCACUAACCUCAGCUAUCCAAAGGGGAAUAAUAAUAAUAAUAAUGAUCAUAAUUAAGAUGAUGAUGAUGAAAUGUAUAUUUUUAAGUAUUUGUCAUUGGAAAAAUAAUCUUAAGCUUCUCAUAAUUAUGAUGAUGACAACGACGACGACGACAACGACGACGACGAUGAUGAUGAUGAUGAUGAUGAUGAUAAUGAUAAUGAAGUUUCUCUUGGUAUCUUUGUAGCUGUUCUGAUCCUUCUUAAGUUCUCGUCCUUUCUGCUCGUGCUGCCAGAGUACCACUUUACUCCCAUCAUCAAUCCCUCCCCCCUUUUCAUUUGUUCUACCUGAUGUUUGGUCCUAACGUCUACCUGUCUGACCUUAGACCCUGAAUGUUUGUGUCUAUGCCUCUGUAUGUGUGUGUGUGUGCGUGCGUGUGUGUUUGUGUGUGUGAGAGAGAGAAAGAGUGAGCAGUCAAACAUUAAAACCAAGGGAAGAUUUUCUCUGGUAGUUUUUUUCUUGUUAGCUGUUAAAUAGGGGAAGGAGGGGCUUCUCUCUCUUACAAUUCCACCUGUUUGCGAGCCUGUGUGUGCGUGACAGCAGGGCGGGGUGAGCGUGGGUGUGGCAUAAUACACACAAAAAAAGACAAAAAGAUUCCUUGUUCUUCAGACAACAAACCCCCACACAUGACUGUCAACUGUAAAGUAAUGUUUGCCAACUUCUUUCACAUGUAGCUUUAAUCCCCCCUGACACGACAAAAACCCUGUGUCCCAUAGUGUGUGUGCGUGAGUGUGUUUGUGUGUGUGUACAGGUACGGUUGCAUUGCCAUUACCCCUCCCUUUGUGUCUUCCAUCAUGUGAGCAGUCCUCCCCUUCUGUCUCCCCCUCUCUCCCCCCCCCCCCCCUCCUCUCUGUCUCCCCCCUCUCCUCCUCCCUUGUGGUAGCAUUUAGCCUUUUAGUGUAUUUAUCUUGAAAACCAAAAAAAGAAGAAAAAUAACUCUACUUGUUCAUUGUACAGUGUUGUUCAUUUUAAGUCAUUUUUGUAACUGAAAGUGUUUCAUUCAUCCAAAUAAAACAGGAGACAAAAACUGUA